AUGCUCAAGGUCGACGUACUCGAACGGUUCAAGCUGGACGACAUCCGCAUCCAUUCAUGGUACACGCGUCCGAACAAGUUCAUGAACUCAAAGGGCACCGUCUCCGACUCGGUCAGUUUGGCUACCAACAUGAUCGAGCGCCUGCACAUCGACUUUACCACGGUACCCGAUUCGUCACCGAGCCAGGAGCCACCCAAACAAGUCGAAUCGCAGCCCGCACCCGCCCUCAUGUCCACACAACCCAUCACUCCAGCCUUUGACCAACCCUUCGACUGGGAAGCUCCACCCCGUCUGGCAGGUCUCACAGCCUCCCAGCCCGUAACAGCACACGAUGCAUCUCGUGUCGCCAUGACUCACGACCUCAUCGCCGCUCAACUCUCGCAAGAACCGCACAUGACCCAGUUCAGCCAAAGCCACAACGUACCCCUAUCCCUAACACAAAACGCCCGCCGCUUCCGCGACAUUGUCCCCGCACAGUCCCUUGCGCGCUUCUACUCUUACCAAGCCUUGCCUCAGUUACUGGGCACCGUACGCAGUGCCUUGCACACACUCAAUGUACCCAUACACGCCGCCACUGCCGCCGACGACAAGGCGAAACAGGCCUACAUACGUAUCCGCAUGAGUGAUGGCCGCAAGCAGGGGCUCAGCGGCAACGUCGUGCUCGAGUCUAUUGCCGAGGAUGGGCUUGUCGAGGUCAGAUUCGUCAAGGCAAAGGGCGACCCGCUCGAAUGGCGCAGAUUGUUCAAGCGAGUCGCUGUGCUGUGUCGUGAUGCGAUCCUCAUGCCUAGAGAGUAA